ACUAUAAAUCAUAAGCUCAGAUUCUCUUUCCUUUAGCGAAAAGUUUCUCACCCUAACCCCCAAUUAAGUUCGCGUUUUGCCUUGAAACCGGAGCACAGUGGAAGUUGAAGACAGUUGGGGAUGGAGGAGAAUUCGAGAGGUUGGGAUUCCGGAAUGGUGAUGGAAACCCUAAGGCAAAGAGGUUGGUGUUUGGAAGACACAGACAAUUUGAAGGCCAUCAUCGUCAUUCAAUCCGCACUAGCUGAUGAACCUUCCAAAUUCCUACGUUCUGUCGAGUCAGAGCUCCUCAAUUCGGACCUUCGAUCCAUUGGCGCCAAGUCUCUCCCCCAACCCUCUCUUCUUCGCAAUGCUUCCUCUUUUCUUCACGGCCCAAAAGUUCUUCAGAUAAAUUCGGUGAGGGACAUAUCUAAGAGCAGCGUGGAUGAGUUUUUUAGGAAUUCAGGUGAUCGGAGAGUUCUCAGAUUGUGUCUCACUGAUGGUCACUCCGAAAUAACUGCAGUGGAAUAUUCUCACGUUCCUUCUAUACCCGACAAUGUUGUUCCGGGUACUAAGAUCCGUUUGGAAAAUAAAGUUGCAGUUCAUAGUGGAAUUGUUUGCUUAACUCCUAAAGUAUUGACUGUAUUAGGAGGUGUUGUUCAACCACUCUACGAUGAAUGGGAGAUGAAUAAAAAAUAUUCAGGAUUCUCCCGAUCAUCUUUAAGAAAGCUAGAGAAUCGUGAUACAGGUGGUCCUCCCCAGUUUGUGAAGCUGCAGGUUGGAUCUUACUCAGGUAUUACAGAUUAUAACUCUAGUAGAAGUCGUAAGCCAAUUGCUGAUGUUGGUGAAGCUGAGAUGAGACCAACAGGUAUUGCAGAUUAUAAAUCUAGUGCAAAUCAUAAGCAAAUUGCUAUGCUCGGUACAACUGAGAAGAGACCAACUGAUAUCCAGCAAGGCCCCAACCAGAAAGCAGAUAUUUUGAAUGUAAAUCUAGAACCCAAUAUACCUCAACAAAGAGCACAAGACAAGGCUAGUAGUUCAAGCACAAGGCCAAAAGAAGUUGUGGAAUCUGUUCCUGUGCAAAAUCAAGCAGCUGCCCAAAAAUUACUUCAGAAACUGAAUCCACCGAGUGAGAAUAAUCGACGUGGUAGGGGUUGGAAACAUAGGGGCAAGGGGAAAGAAGAAGAUCCAGUUGUAUUCACUCUGGAAGAAUAUGAAAACAGAAAGGCCCAGACAAAGCUUACUAAUACAGACAAGGAUCUAUAUAUUAGUCAUGAUGAGGAUCUUGCUAGGCACCUUCAAAAUCAACUAAACCUUGAGGAUUCUCGGGAAGGAUGGGGUGUGGGUACUCAUGAAGCCAAGGCACAAGAUAUUAGGAUGAGUAUGUUCACAUAUGAAAGGGAUUCUGAAAGCAGCCAUCAAAUGGCACACGGAGGAAGAAGAGGAAGGGGAAGAGGGAGAGGAAGGGGAAGAGGAAGGGGCAGAGGAAGAUAUGGUUAACUAAUUUUUUUUUUUCCUUUUCUUUUUCUUGUGAAGAUGGAAAUCAUGGUUCAUGAUGGUAAUGGUUCCUUUGCAAAAUCCAAUGACCGGAACAACUAUAGCAUUGGGUUAAGUUUUGAAGGUGAUCAAUUUUGAAAAAGGUGUGAUGGUAAUCGUUCCUUGGUUAAAUCCAAUGACCAGACCAACUAUAGCAUUGGGUUAAGUUUUGAAGGUGAUCAAUUUUGAAAAAGGUGUGAUGGUAAUGGUUCCUUGGUUAAAUCCAAUGACCAGACCAACUAUAGCAUUGGGUUCAGUUUUCGAGGAGAAGAAUCUUGACAAAAAAGUGACCAACCUUUUAGGUUUUCUUUGUUACGUUUAUCAUAGUUUGUUGGUUAUUUCUAUUCCUUUUUUUUUCCACAUAGAUUUGAUCAGUGAAUUUAUCAUCAGGUUUCGUAUUUUGAAUGUAGUUGAGCCAUUAGUCUUAUCUCCAUUUACCUCGUUGAUAUUCUCAACUCGAACCCGACUGAAUUCCCUUGCAUACUUGCAUUAGUAAAGAGAAAUGUGCAACUUAAAUUGUGGAAUGAAAUCUGUGUGUGUGUGUAUAUAUAUAUAUAAACGAUAAGCCAUAGAUAUCCUUCUUUGUCAAGACAAGCAGACCUUAGAGUAUGGAGGACGUGUUUUCU